GUAACCCUGAUCCCCGCAGCUGGCCAUGGCCUCAGGGACUGGAGGGAGCUGGAGCCAUCCCCCAGCACAGACUGCAGCCCCGAUGCCCUGGGUGACCAUUCUGCAGCCCCUCCCGUGGACCAUCCCACCUCCAUCCCCGCAGCCAGGCCGCGUGAAGGAAGACCUGCUGGAGCUGAUGAUGCUACAGAACGUUCAGAUGAACCAGCUGUUUCUGAGUGGCCAGGUGGCAGCGGCGCUCAACCAGGGGCUUUCCUGGACUCACCCACAGGUCUCCCUGGAGGUUCAACAGGCGGAGGAGACUGCAGCUCAGGAGGAGGUGCCUCUGGUUUUCCACCACCACUAUCUGCCCUGCCCGAUGCCUGCCCUGGGCCCCCUGCUUCCCUGGCCAGGCCCUCUUCUUUCCCCUCCCCUACACCAGCCCCACGUGCAGAAUUCAGCUGUGAUUCAGCACCACCCCCCUGCGCCUAGAAAAAGGAGGGUGAGAGCGGUGCCCCCACCCCCACCCCCCAGUGCCACGGGAACUGUGGGUGCAGAUGUACCUCCAGCUUCAGACUACUACGAUGCGGAGAGCCUAUAAUGAGGACAGACAGCAGCCCUGGGGCCCAGGCCAGCUUCACUGAAGAGUUGGAAACAGCCACCCUGGAGCCUCCAUGUCCCUCUCAUGCCUAAUAACCCCUUUCUACACCUGGCAA